CGUCGUGUGGUAGAACUGGCCUUCGCCCGAGCGCACGCACGAUAGCCAUCUUCCCUGUUUCACAGCACAUAGUUGUUUUUCUCCGCACAGUCUUCUCCUCUUCCAUUUCUCCUUCUCAUUUCCCCACUCCCCAUUCUAUUGAGAUAGAGCUGUGGCGAGUGGCGGUUCCGUGGCGUCAUAGAGGCGAUUCCACGAUGAAUCUGUGGCGAGACGGCGUGACAGUCUCCUGGUGGCCUGUUGCCGUCGUCGGAGCUCAUGCAGCUGUUCCAUCGUCGCCGAGACUGAACCACACAGAGCAAGGCGAGGACGAUAACUUCAUGGAGCCGCCGCCACAUGCGACUGGUGCGAAGAAAGAUGGGGACGAGAAGAAGAAAAGCGUGCACAAUAGGGCUUCACAAGAACGGCUAACUGUAUUGAUCAAAGGUUUUAGCGAUGAUGGGGACAUGGGGAUGCAGACGUUGAUGGAUGUGCGAUGCACAAAUUUAAUGAACCCCGUGUGCGACUGGCUUGGGGUGAUCUAUGACCCUGCGUCCAGGGAAUUUGUCAUUUCGGGACGCGGAAGACUCCCUUUUGAUGAGGAGUCCGCUUUCUGCACCUUGGGUGUCCCGCGUUGCAGAAUCAAAGUCCCUUAUGGGGUGAAUAGCAAAACUGAGGAAGCUUUGUUCCCCUGUUUGUUCCCUGGCGAGGCAUCCAUGCCUAACAAGACCGUACUUGCAACUUUGUUGGGUGCUACGAAAACCCAUGGCGAGGUGUUCAAGAUGAAGCUGCUCAUGUACUUAACCUCAUCCGUCUUUGCGCCUACCAUGUUGCUAUGCCCAAGCAACGUAUGCUUUCCUAUCCUGGCGAAGCUGAAAGAUGUAAAGAACAUGAAUUGUUGCAAGUUCAUUGCUGAAUUCCUGCAUGAUGCCUUUACAAACAAGUUGUACCAGAAGGGAUGCUGCCUACACCUCAUGCUCAUGUAUGUCGACAGUCUUGACCUCUUUACUAUCAAGUUUGCUGAGUUAGGAGGUCCGCCUCCUCCACAUAAGUUUGCCGUAUCUGCUUGGACUUACGACAUUGACAAGGCUGUGCUUGCCGCAGACAGGAUAUCUAACACAAAGUGUGUCAAGCUUCAUCUGAUGGCCAAGCAUGCUAUUGACUACAGUAUUUUUAUUGGGCACAAAAUUUCAGCAAAUGGUUGGACGUGCAUUCAGCUCCAUCUUGUUCCGCCGAGUCACUGUUUAAUUUGUUUGCUCUAAUCAAGCCGGGGUUCCUGUCGAGCAUCUAGUUGGGCAGUUUGCAUUAGGCAUGAGCAACCUGCUUGGGAAGUUGGUUGAGGGCUGGACAUCAUUGGCGGGUUUUGAUGGCGAUGCAGUUGCCACACAUUUCACUUCUUUGGUUGGAGAACGUAGACAUCGUCCAACUGGUUGUUGUGGCUGAUACGACUACAACAGUUCUCAGGAGCUCCUUGACACCCAAGAGGAGCUAUUCGGAGAUGGUUUUGGUGGUGACGACGCUGGUCAUGACAAGGAUGGAGAUGAUCAUACGGAGAAUGUGCAACAUGAAACUGAUCACGAUGAAACUCGAGAAGUUCUGGACGGAGAUCCCACUGAGAAGGAUCCACCGGUUGUACCAGCAUCUGAGGUAGGCAAUGCCUCCACCAUCAUGAGUAACGUCAGCGUUUCUACUUCCAAGAGGUGUAGGGUGCCGGAGGAUGCUGCUCAGGCCCAUGCCGGUAAGAGGCUCAGGACUGAUCCUGUUGUUGCUAGGCCGAGUGAGGCGAUAGGCGGUGGACAAGAAACUAAACAGAAACAAGUGGGCAUGCCCUCUCAUGCUUCUACUCGGUUGAACAAUGCAACACCCACUGUGGCUGGCAUCACGUCAACACGCUCGUCUCCUCGUAUAGCAUCAUCCAACAAUGGGGAUCAUGUUGUGCUGGAAGACUUGACAAAAACAACCAAGAGGUAUGUUUCUUCUUUCCAUUAUGUGGUGGCACCUAACUCAAACGGUGGAGCAAGUGGCAAUCAUUUUCCCAAAAUUCACAUGGCAGUUCUAGUAUGUUGAACAUGGCAACUGAUAGUUACUAUCCACGACAACUUGUUCAAUGCAUUCCACAAUCAGUGGCAACUUUAUUGCAUUCCAGAUGGCAAUUCUUGUUUGCCCCACAUGGCAACUUUUGUCUGUCACAGAUGGCAACUCUUGCACAACACAGAUGGAAAUUUCUGUUUAUCACACAUGGCAACUUUGGCAUACCACACAUGGCAUUUUAUGUUUGACUUGGAUGGCAAAUUUUUGAUUGUAUACCACAUUUUAUAUUUGUUGUACACCACAUGGAAGUUCUAGUAUGUUGAUCAUGGAAACUGAUACUUACUAUUGUUGGUGCAAUAUCUGCCUACCUGUGUUUUGGAGAUUGUUGACAAAAACAUGUAUGGACUGAUUUGUUUGCUAGUGCAUAUAGAGAGAAAUAGUCCAUACAGAACCAAAGAGAAUGGUGUCUCCAGUGCUAAGUUUGAGGAACUUCACCAAAGUAUAUCUGCGCUGCAGAGAAGAACGAGCUAAAUCUGUUGAAGAUAUGUAGACGAGAAGAUUGAUGUGAAGGGAUUAACCCCUCGAAAGUUUACUGCUGAAGCGAUGCAUAUGUUUUGGUAUGGCCGUCUGAAGGAAUUGACUGCAACGAAUGUAAGUCAAAGACAAAGUGAAGACAUAUUAUUCAUUUUGUUGUUCUUGUUUCAUUUACUUGAGUCAUAGGACCUCCGUACUAUUAAGAGGGGUAUAGGUUCUCAAAGCUUUGAUCCGUUGUGAUGCUUAGCCCAAAACCUAUGAAAGAUGCAAGAGAAAUCUCUUUAUGAUCCGAAUGAUUACCUGGCAACAGUAGACGUUGUUCUUCGUGCUGCAGGAGAUAUCUUUCGGACUAAGGAGUUAGCAUUACUUGCUCCGCAAGUAAUGUUACCGUUGUGCUCAAAUUGCGACCGUUGGACUCGUGUCAUUCAGUCAUUGGAUCCUCCUCGUGUACAAUUUGGUCAUUUCCCAUCAGGGAAGGCUGCGGCUAUAAAUAGCCACCCCGCUCCAACAUUGUCCGUUGGCUGCUCCGCUUGAGAUUUCUGAGAAGAUUGGUUUGAGCAAACCCUCUCCUUGUGAUCUGAGUUUAAGAUCCAUCGAGAGAAAAAUCAAGAGCCCAAACCGAGACAGUGGUUUAGCAUCACAGUAGUUCUGAGUUAGAGUUAUUGUACCUAUUGUUGUUGAGAGCUGCACACUCUCUAGACGGAUAGGUUUCUGCUCGAGUGUUGAAGGGUUGUUAUCUUCACCAAGCUAGAUCUUCAGCAACCAAGAGUGAUUAUGGUUUGCGAAGGUCGACCGAAGGUUUGGAGAUCGCCGACAAGGAUCUGCCAUGAGUGAAUUGGAGUCUGAUCAGCUUCAAGUUGAAGGAGAAUAGGGUGAAGAGAGUUUAUAUUCCAUGUUAAGUCACAACCCCUCCAACUAGACAUAGCCCUUUGGUAUAAGGGUGAACUGGUCUACCAUAUCUCUCUGUCUCCAUCGAACACCACUAUUUCAAUCUACUUUACUACAAUUCCUUCAGCAGUUACAUCUGUGUUCUUUGUUGAUAGUUUAUCUGAUCAUUAUCAUUUAUUGUAGUUUUACUUUCUCAUCUGCCUUUGUUGUCAUUCACUUGAAUUAAUCUUCGUAUCUCAUUUCGUUGCACUUUCAUCAUUCUGUUUAGCCAUCCUAAUUUCACCUCGGUGAACCCUCUUGCAUAUCUCUCACCACCCGUAUCAUGUUGUGUCUCAUUCUACUGCAUCUGUUUGCAUGUUGCAUUGCUCUCAUCAUAGUUAAACCCAUGAUUUCCUAAGCUCAUACUAUUAUCACUUAUUUCAUCGAGGAAUAUGCUUCUGAAGAUGAAGAUUGAUUUAAUUCAUUUCCCCCUUUCCAUUAUUCCACUGCUAUGAUUGGGAUCAGUUUCAAAAUGUUCGAAAGAAUUUUUGAAUCUCCCAUUCACCCCCCUCCGGUCGAUAUACUCUCGGUCCUAACAAUUGGUAUUAGAGUAGGUACUCCUUGUCUCUGCUUAUUAAAGGUCUAACGUCCUUAGAGUUUUGAGUAUGGCGUAUGAAGGUAGAUCCUCGCACUUUGAAAGGUUUCCUAUCUUCGAUGGAAAUGACUAUCUCUAUAGGAAGGAAAGAAUGAGAAUCAGAAUUCAAGCUAUCAACUUUGAAUUGUGGCAGAUUGUGGAAAAUGGAUACAGCAUUCAGCAACCAGAUGAUACAAAUUUUGAUGACAAAGCAAAUCUACAGUUGGAUGCUCAAGCAAAAGAUAUCAUCUGUUGCAGUUUGUCAAAAGACAUUUUCCUUCGAUUCCAAAAUCUCGACACUGCAAAGCAACUCUAGGAUGCCAUCAAAAAUGCUCAUGAAGAGUUCAUUGCCAGAACGGAUCCCCACACUCAAAUGCUUCAUGCCAUGUUUACUGGUUUCAGAAGUCUGCAUAAGGAAAGUGCUACGGAACUCACUGGUUGUUUGACAAACAUAGUCGAAAGACUUCAUCAGCAAGGAGUAAUUGAUAUCACUGAUAGAGAUGUGGUCAACAAGCAUCAGAGUGCUCUGGAUGAAACCUUUGAUCCCAUCGUAGCUCAAAUAAAGCAAAGACCAGACUAUGAAGAACUUCACUAUGUUGAGAUCAUGACGCUGCUGUCCAUUCACGAAGAAAAGAUGGAACUUGAAAAUGCAGAUCAAGAAUCUUCUUCAGAAGGUGAAGGAGAAAUCCUAUCUCACUAUCGCAGCUCACAAGAAGAAGAAGAAGAAGAUAUAGAAAAUCAACACACUAUCACAAGGGAACUUGAGAUGCUCACAGAAAGGCUAAGUGAUCUUCGAAGACAAAAUUUGUGUCUCACAAAUGAUGAUGAAUUUGACUUGCCUUAAUCCUCAAGAAAGUUGCCCCCGAAAGAAAUGAAGUGCUCUAAGUGCAAACAAUUCGGUCACCUUAUAGCUGAUUGCCCGUGCUAGGAAAGGCCAAGCAACAUAUGGAAAUAUCUUCAUUGCGAUGGACUCACUCGAAUGGAUCGUCAUACUAAGCUCCCGAAGAAAAAUGAAUCUCCAUCAUCAUCUUAUUCGACGAGACCAGUCACUGAUGCACAAGCCAAAGCCACUAUCGAAUCCAACAUGAAGAAAAUCUCUCAGUUGAACAGAGUCUUCAUUGAAAUGAGAAUGGAUUCCGAAGAUGAUACAUCCGAAUCCGAAUCAGAUGAUGAAGAGCUUCACAGAAGGAUAGGAAGGAGCAAUGCUUUCAUUGCCUAUGAAUCAUCAGACAAUUCACUCGAAUCAGAUGCUGAUGAUGAUGCUUCAAGUGAUGACGAACAAAUAGCCUUCUACCUUAUGGAAAAAUCCUCUAAGGAUCAGGUAUCAGCAAAACAUUCAAACUCCAUGAAUGGAUAUUCUCCUGAAU